UCCGGGUCCUCUGAGUCCGAGGUCGCCUCUCGCCAAGUGGCCCCGGCGCUCCCGCCCCUCCCACCGGGUAGGGUUUGGCCGCGGGGGCCGCACCCGGGCGCGAGGUUUCGGUCUGACCAGACUCGGAGCUAGUUUCGAUUAGGGACAGCGGUUGGGCGAGAGGGCGGAGCGGCCGGGACGCGAGAGAGGAGGGGACUCGGUGUGAGAGAGGCUCAGUGGGGACAGUCCCGCGCGGGAGACAAAGAGAGCCCAGAGAGCGCAGCGAGCAUCGCUGCUACCUAGCCAGGCAACCUCGCCGACUUGAGAACGGGGUGCGCGGCGGAGCAGGCACAGCCGCAGGGGACCCACGGGGCUACGCGGGAUGCGGACACCGGUGGUGAUGACGCUGGGCAUGGUGCUCACGCCCUGCGGCUUGCUGCUCAAUCUCGUCAGUACACUGGCCCCCGGCUGGCGGCUGGUGAAGGGUUUUCUAAACCAGCCAGCGGAUGUGGUGCUGUACCAGGGGCUGUGGGACAUAUGUCGCGAGCAGAGCAGUCGCGAGCGCGAGUGUGGCCAGCCCGAUGAGAACAAUUACUUCGAGACCCAGCCUGUGCAGGUGGCCCGGGGACUCAUGGUCACGUCCCUGGCCACUACUGCCCUAGGGCUGCUGCUGGCUUCUCUGGGCGUGCGCUGUUGGCAAGAUGAGCCCCACUUCGGGCUAGCCGGCCUCUCGGGCGUCGUGCUUUUCGCCGCCGGCCUCUUCAGCCUCAUCCCGGUCUCCUGGUAUAACCACUUCUUGACAGAUCCCGACGUCCUAGCCACCCCGAGCUCGCCGAUCACCGUGGAAGUCAGCUACAGCCUGGUGCUGGGCUACCUGGGCAGCUGCCUGCUGCUGCUGGGCGGCUUGUCGCUGGCGCUCAGCUUUGCGCCCUGGUGUGAAGAGCGGUGUCACCGCUGUCGCAAGGCGCCCCCAGCAGGCCCGCGCCGCAGCAGCAUCAGCACCGUCUACGUGGACUGGCCGGAACCGGCGCUCACACCGGCUAUCAAGUACUACAGCGAGGGUCAGCAUCGGCCUCCUCCCGCGGAGCAUAGGGACACCGGCAAGCUCAAGGUGGGAUUCCCGAUGCCGCGACCGCCACCCAAGGCCUACACCAACCCGAUGGAUGUGCUUGAGGGAGAAGAAAAGAAGGCAGCCACCUCCCAAGGAGGUUCCUCCUCUCGCAGCACUAGGCCCUGCCAAAAUUCACUGCCCUGUGACUCCGACCUGUAGACAGGGCUCACCGGAGCUCCACCUGGAGUCUGAGGGUGACUUGAACUUCUGCAUGGCCAGUGCAUCUGCAACCAGAGCCCUGGAUGCCUUCUUAUCACUGGAGGGCAAGCCUUCUUUUUCUGGGGACCAAACUCCUCUCCAAAUACUAGGUUGGGUUCGUUUGACUUUUCUGGAGUUUUGCUUUUCUCUCCAGAGGGAUCAGGUCUUCUUAUGCAGUGACAAGAGUGGGUGGCCUUUUUUGCAUACUGUUCAUCGCAGUAGCGACCAAAUUGCAAUCAGCCAAAAGUACAGUAUUCUAAGUUAGUUACCCAUGAGCCUUCACAAACAUCACUCUUGAGGUGUUUUGGUUUGGUUUUUCCUCCCUGUUUCAGUCUACAGAGAAUAUAAAUGGCCAAAAAAAUGUAAGUCUGGCUGUAUUUGAAGGUCGUGCCAUAAAUCCGGUAGCUUUAAUGGCAUUUAUGAAGUGAAGUAACUUGUUUAACCCAUAUUUAUAUUUCUCCCUGCGUACAUAGUAUUUAUCUUUUCUAAUCGCUUGUUUCUGUGUAGGAGGUUGAGCUUGUCUUCCAGAAGCCAGGCGGAUGCUACACUGUCCCGUUCUCUUAGAUACCUCACCCUGAACAGAGAUAUAUUUUGUACAAAACGAACUGUUAAGUUGCAUUUGGCUAACGUCCAUAUGUACAUAUCUUAUUUAUAAAUAAAAAUUGU